AUGGCGCCACUCGAAGAUGUCCAGGUUGGUGACCUGGUUAAUGUGCCCGGUGGCAUGUAUGGGACAGUCAAAUUCUUGGGAUCAGUUGCGGGCAAGCCUGGUCGCUUCGCGGGCAUCGAGCUGAGCUCCGAGUUUGCCGCUCGGGGAAAGAAUAACGGCGAUGUCGAUGGAAGGAAAUACUUUGCGACCUCCGUGCCAGGCUCGGGAAUCUUCGUGCCUAUGAAUAACAGCAAGUAUGUCACACGCCGAUCUACAUCCGCGUCGGCCAGCACCUUCGGGCCUCCGACAACUCCUUCGCGCGGGGGGGUCAAUUUCAGCAAAUCAGUCGGUCCUGCCCUGACUACGCCCCGUCCACGAAUGCGACGUCCGUCUCUUCCACGUCCCGAGUCGCCUCGUAUCGCCCCUCCGAAACUGAGCCUCGGUGGACUCCGCACACCAUCUACCGCAUCCAAGACAUCUAUCUCCAAUGGAUUCCAAAGAAGCCCCGUCAAGGCGCCGUCUAGGCUGUCGGAUCGACCCCUGUCACGAAUUAGCUUGGAUGAUGACGGCUCCUCAUAUGGCAGACCGUCGGAUAUUCAGCGGCCUUCAUCAUCGGAGACUCAAGACUUGAAGGACCAGAUCAAGAGUUUAGAAAAGCAGUUGCUGGACCGGGACAAGCAGCUGAAUGAGCAAUCCAAUAUGCUUAGUGAGGUACAAAGGACGUUGGAGGAUAUGGAGGGAAGCGAUUCUCUUUCCAUCCGUACCCAGCUGCGUGAAAGGAACGAACGGAUCAAUCAAUUGACCGCGGAAUUCGAUGGCCACCGGGCAGAUUUCCGAAGCACUCUCGAUACUUUGGAGAUUGCUGCCUCGGAGACGGAGCGUGUCUACGAGCAGCGCCUCGAUGAGCUCAUGCAGCAGAACAAAGAGUUGCAAGACCGUGGCGAGGAUGUAGAGAUUGUUGCACAGCAGCUUAAGCAGCUGGAGGAGCUGGUCUCUGAGCUGGAAGAAGGUCUCGAAGAUGCCAGACGAGGAGAGGCCGAGGCCAGGGCCGAGGUUGAAUUCCUUCGGGGUGAAGUGGAAAGAACCAAGCUUGAACUGAAGAAGGAGCGUGACAAUUCGGCCGCGGCGCUGAAGGAUGCGCACUCUUCAUCCGAUAAUCCAAACAACCAGCACCAGUUGGACCAGAAGGAUGACGAGAUUCGGGGUCUGAAAGCCAUCAUCCACUCUCUGAGUCACGGAAACCCCAAUGCCGUCCAUGCGAAUCAGAAUGGUUCUUUGGAUCACCAAAAUGAGCAUCAUGAGCGCGUUGCUCAGCUAGAACAACGUCUGCAAGAGGCUGAGGGGACCUCCGAGCACAAAAAUGGCCGAAUCGAGGAACUCGAACGGCAGUUGGAAGAGCUACGAGUAAGCUCUAGCAAUGGAAGUCGCAACCGCAGCUCAACCGUGACUCUCUCGCCGCCCAAACUGCACAAGCCGUCUAGCUCGGGCAAUAUUUCUGUAAAUGAUGUCAACCAUGCACACCGUCUCUCUGACCGCACCGUGGUCCCCAAUGAUUGGCACGAUGCUCCGUCGGAGCCUCGUCAGUAUCACCAACGUGGAAUUUCUAACUCCUCCCAGCGCCGACUGGAAUCGAUGCCUGAGUCGGAACGCUCUUCCGAUGAUGAUGCUUUAUGGUGUGAGAUAUGCGAGACAGGUGGUCACGACAUCCUGAACUGCACCAGCAUGUUUGGCUCCGGGCCCGCGAAGCCUUCCGCCGAGCAGCCCGCUACAGAGGCGCCGGCAGAUGAUCACACAGACCCCAAGGAGACUGAUGACUUCAACGAUCACGCAGACGAUGCUCCUGCCCAGAAGACCGGCCGGGAUGUCGUCCUUGAAGGACUCAAGGGCAUUGGGGGUCUGGGAAAUUCCAUGUCCCCCAUUGCCGGCAAGUCGUCCGGAGUCAUCGACGAGUCGAAGUGGUGUGCUCUGUGUGAGCGAGAUGGCCAUGAGAGCAUCGACUGUCCAUUUGAUGAAUAA